AGAAGAAGUUAAUUAAUCGCAGUAAUUCGCUAUUCAGUGUCAGAAUGUCAUACCGAGAUCUACGAAAUUUCAGCGAAGCCAUGCGCGCUCUCGGCUACCCUCGCCAGAUCAACAUGGAGAGCUUCCGCAACCCCAACUGGGAGGCGGUUGAGGAGUGCACUCGAUGGCUGGCGGCUAGAGUUGAGCCCGACGUUGAGCUCCGUGGUGGCCGCGCCGACGCCGAGCAACGGGUUGCGCUGGUCACACACGCGAUAGCACUUUUCCAUUCCCGGGCAAACCUGAAAUUGAACGGCAAGCGGCUAUAUGGCGCCGACGGCUGGGCAGUUCGCGAACUGUUGAAGGUGGCGUCUCUGCUCCGUGACGCCCUGCAGGCGCCGCCGCCCGACGAACAGCGCCCUGACGUACCCUUGACGUAUGACGUCACGAGUCGGCUGGGCGAAAUUAAACAAGCAAGAGCUCUAGCAACUGACAUUACAGCCCAGGGAUCCUUUUUAUUCGACUUGCUUGGUAAAGAAGCAGAACGUAAAGAACAACGGGAGCAGGCCCUCGCUCGUCCGCUGGACAUGUCUGCCAUGGAAGCUUGUCUGCGCCGGGCGGUGGAGACAGCAGCAGCACGAGUGACGGACGCGCGUGAACGCAUAGACAACGUGGCGGCGUCAGAAGCAGCGCUGGACGCGAAACUGGAGCGCAGGCGAUCGGAGCUACAGCGUGCAGAGAAGCGUUUGCUUACGGUGCAGAAGAUAAAGCCAGCAUAUCAGGGCGAGUUGACAGCCUUGGAGACCGAGAUAGAGCAACUAUGGGACCAGUAUGUGUUGCGUUACCGCUGUGUUGAGGCGCUCAAACAUCAGUUGAGCGUACUGGAGACUGCUCAAGCCGAGGCAGCCGAAGAGCAGCAAGCAGCUAUCAUGCAGCUCAUACACAAAUACGAAGCAGAGGAUGUGCUCGGAAAACUUAGUGAGUCAGACGAUCUGGACUCGAGCGACGAUGCAAAAGAGUUUGAAGCGAAGCAGCCUCGACCGGCAACGAGGCCCAAGACACGGCUGCGCAUCAAAACUGCAGGUACGGGUGCCGCGGAGGCUCGGCGGGCGUUCGGUAACAUGGCAGGUGAUUCGCUUGACGAAGUGCGCGAUGAAGACGACUCGCAGUCAGACUCCGAUUCGGACCGUGCGCUUUACGGCCUACGUGACGAGGAGCCGGUAGCGUCGCGCUGGACGCGCCCGCGCCCCGCCACGCGCACCAUCGCCGCUGAAGACGAUGACUUCGCUGAUCUCAUUGAAGGAGUUGAUGGCGAGGGUGGGUCGCUCAGCAGCUCUUCGGAAAGCGAGCUGCGACUGACGAGCGCGCGGCCUAGCGCUGCGCCCGGGCGCUCUUCUGUGCUCAGCGACAAUGAAUUUUAAUGAAUAUCAUUAUGGUAUAAUAUACUUAAUGUUAGAACGAAAUGAUAGAUUGUGUUUCAAUUUUAGAACACUAAAGGCUGAUUAUACAACUUGAGAUCUCGCAUGCGAGUUUUAUUCCAAUGCGGCGUUUGACCGACCGACUGAAUUGGAUGUAACCUCAACAAUUCGCAAUGUAGCUGGAAUCGUGCGAGAUUUUACGUGACGUGUUAAUGGACCCUUACAUACCUUUUUGAUAAACUUAACGUAACAUUAUAAACAUCAAUUGGUAUUUGUAAUGUAUUAUUAGGAGUUGACAGCGAGGGCGGGUGGGAAAUACCUAACCCGAGAACUUUAUUGUAUUGAUUGUACAUUAAGAUCGUGUCUACAUAUUUUUUGCACUUUGGCUGUAUUCAUCCAUACUAAGGCCCCAUUUAGACGGUACGAG